AUGGCCGAAAUAGUCCCUAGAAAAGGCUCUUUGAGCUUCUUCAAUCCCUUCAAGUCAAGAUCUAGUAGUGUCUCAAGUUCCAAAAAUGCUCCCCCUUCCGACCUCAGUAUUGACGAGCUCAAGCUCGAUCAAAAGUCUGCAAUCUUCACAACUCGCCUCAGAAAGACCGCAAGUCCGGCCAACUCGGCCAGAAGCUCCAAGCCAGGUUCCAAGAAGAGCAGUCUUGACCAAUCUCGAUCGCUUCGACAAGCUUCAUUCCCUGCCAUCAAUGUCGCGGGUGAAUGGGAAAGAGAUGCGGAGACCGGCGAACGAAAAGACCACACAGAAAUGUUGCACAGCCUCGCCCAUCGUGAAUCCGAAGAGUCUCUCGCUGAAAAGGCCCCAGUCUUGUUUGCUGGAAUCCCGCCCCAAGCAGCCACCGAAUUCUUGGCCAGGCUUCCGGAAGCCAUCUGGAAGCGAAUAGUAGAAAUCCUGGGUCCGGCGGACAAAGCGAGUCUUGCCCUUUCUUGCAAGCCAUUCCGAGACUUAUUGGGGACUGGAGUAUGGACAAGCCUCGAUGCCGAAGAGAAUCGUGACGCAAAAGCCGCGUUCCUUGGGCAUCUGGAUCAACAGUUACCGGACCACUUACUCUGCUUCCCAUGUCGAAUAUACCACGUCCGGACCCAGAAGGGACAAGAAACUCUGCGUCCCACCAACAUUUCCAAUCCUAUUUUCAAUUGCCCCAACGCCUUCAAUGCUGAGAACAAGGUGUCGCGACACAGGAUCACAGUGGGUCGGUCACUGCCCUUCCCGUUUGUCCAACUCAUUCUGCGAGCCCACAAAUACUCAAAAGAACACGGGAUUCACAUUGACUCAAUGUCGCGUCGAUACAAGGACCGAGAUGGAGAAUGGUCUCAUCAGACUCGUUAUGCCAUUGUUAACGGCCACCUACUUGUCCGGGUCAUAAGCUCAGCAUUUGCGACCCCAAAUCUCCCCCCUGCAGGCCUGCGGAGACUUCUUUACUCCCCUGGCGACAAUUUCCAUCCAUACUUCUCGGUCUGUGCUCAUUGGCGCGAUGGCAAUCUCAUGCCUGCUGUCAAGUGUGCUUUGAGCCACAUCCCCAAGCCACCAGAUGGGAGUGGCAUAGCAGGUGCGGCCGCCAAGGUGCAGUAUCAUAUGCACAGGCCGAGUCCUCUCAUUACCUUGUGUUCUGAGUGCCGUCCCAUGCGGCGGUGCCCAGAGUGCCCGACAGAAUAUCUCAUUGAAUUGAGGAUGCAAGAGGACAAAAGCGACCCAGUGAAACUAUUCAAGCAUGCCAUUGUAAUAACUCGAUGGAGCGACCUUGGCGACGGAUCUUCACCCCAGAGCCUUGAAUGGGUAGCAUGCAAUGGGGAAGCAGAAUUCGAUUCACUUGCGGCCCUCGGAAAGCGUGCGAUCUCUGGAGUAUUUGAAUCACAGUUCACGGUGGACCAGAUACCAGGUCAGAAGAUCGUCUCUAUGAAUCCAACCAAGGAAAAGCGCGGGGAGGCAGGGCAUAGCUGGUACUGA